AUGCAGCUAAGAUACCUCAAAUCCCUGGUCAGUCCUCAGGACGGCCAGGCCAAGGUGACCGCCUUUGCCUGGUCUCCAAACAACGCUAAACUAGCAGUCGUAACCGUCGACAAAGUAGUCCUCAUGUUUGACGACCACGGAGAAAAACGAGACAAAUUCUCCACCAAAGCUUCAGAUCCCAACAACAUCAAGAAACAAUACCAAGUCAAGGCACUGGCUUUCUCACCAGACUCCACUCGAAUAGCAGUCGGGCAAACAGACGACAUUGUCUUUGUCUACAAGAUAGGGGAGGAAUGGGGAGAAAGGAAGACGAUCUGCAACAAGUUUAUCCAGGAGUCAGCUGUGACCGCCAUGGUCUGGCCUCCUGAUCAACCUGCCUUUAUUAUUGGUCUAGCUAGCGGCAAGAUCAGGCUGUGUAACGUCAGGACCAACAAAUCUCAGCCACUUUAUGGAACUGACAGCUGUGUGGUGGCACUUGCUGCUAAUCCAUCGAACAAGGCAAUAAUCAGUGGUCACGCAGACGGUGCGAUACUGAGAUAUUUCUUUGAUAACGAGGGUACAGGUCUGAGCCACGGGCAGAUUGUGAAGCACUCCUGUGCUCCGUAUGCUUUAGCUUGGGGCAGUUCUAUUGUGGCUGCUGGAUGUGAUAAGCGGAUCAUCAUGUACUCUGCUGAUGGAAAAAUAACCCAACAGUUCGACUACUCAAAAGAUCUAGAAGAGAAAGAAUUCACAGUGGCAGCUAACAGUCCCAGCGGUCACUCUCUGGUUUUAGGAAGCUUUAACAGACUCCGAGUUUUUAACUGGGCUCCAAGGAAGAUGGUUUGGGAGGAAGGGACUCCUAAAAACAUUCCCAACUUGUACACCAUCACCGCUCUUAGCUGGAAAAAGGACGGCUCUCGACUUAUUUGCGGUUCACUGUGUGGUGCGGUUGAUUUGUUCGACUGUUGUCUACGCAGAACAAUCUACAAGAACAAGUUUGAGAUGACCUACGUGGGGCUAUCCCAAGUUAUUGUGAAGAAUUUGCAGACUGGUACGAGGGUGGUGGUUAAAUCUCAUUAUUCUUAUGAGAUACAAAAGGUAAAUAUAAUGGGUAACGACAAGUACAUUGUAGCGUACACAUCUGAUACUCUUCUCCUUGGAGACCUCAAAACAUUCCGCAUAAGCGAGAUUGCCUGGUCAGCGACAGGAGGCAACGAGAAGUUCGUGUUUGAUCACAAUAACGUCUGUAUGAUCUUCAACGCCGGUGAACUUACUCUGGUGGAAUACGGAACCAACGAUAUCCUGGGCUCGGUAAGAACAGAGUUCAUGUCACCUCAUUUGGUGAGUGUGAGGAUAAACGAGAGAAGGCUGAAGGGUGGAGAGGAUAACAAGAAGAUAGCUUAUCUGGUGGAUCUCAAAACCAUAUCUAUUGUUGAUCUGAUAUUCGGGGUAACACUGGCUACCAUUUCUCACGACACAAGAAUUGACUGGAUAGAAUUGAACGAGACGAGCAGAAAGAUGCUGUUUAGAGAUAAGAAGUUGAGACUUCACUUGUUGGAUGUUGAGACCCAGGCUAGGACUACUCUCCUCAACUACUGCUCUUACGUUCAGUGGGUCCCAAUGAGUGACGUUUGUGUAGCACAAAACAGAUCCAACUUAUGUGUCUGGUACAACAUUGACUGUCCUGAGAGAGUUACCAUGGUAACCAUCAAGGGGGACAUUGAGGAGAUCGAGCGGACUGAUGGCAAAACGGAGGUAGUUGUUAACGAAGGAGUAACUACAAUUAGCUACACCCUCGACGAGGGACUCAUCGAGUUUGGGACUGCUAUUGAUGAUAAAGACUACAGUAGAGCUGUGUUGUACCUGGAAACCCUUGAAUUGACCCCGGAAACGGAGGCCAUGUGGAAAACCCUGUCCCAACUGAGUCUAGAAUCAGAACAACUGCACAUCGCGGAGCGGUGCUACGCAGCGCUGGGCAACGUCAGCAGAGUGCGCUACAUUAGGAGCUUAAGAACAAUGUCUGAGACGAACGAGGGGCAGUUCAGAGUGAAAGCCAAGUUAGCAGUGCUGGACAAGCAGUUCAAGGUAGCUGAGGCGCUGUACCUGGAGCAGGGGUAUGUGGACGAUGCGAUGGAGAUGUACCAGGAACUGCACAAGUGGGAUGAUGCACUGCGCAUUGCGGAGAGUAAGAACCAUCCUGAGGUUGAGUUGUUGAGAAGGAACUACUUCCAGUGGCUGACUGAUACUCAGCAGGAAGAGCAGGCAGGACAGUUGUUAGAGAAAGAAGGUGACUUCAUGGGUGCCCUACAAAUGUACAUUAAAGCUGGACUUCCUGCAAAAGCAGCCAGGAUCGCAAUAGCACAUCCUGAUAUCUCUUCCCAAACUGAAAUUAUUGAAAGGAUAGCAUCUCAACUCGUCAAAGGAGGACUUUAUGAACGGGCAGGUGACUUGUUCGAGAAAAUAGACCAGAAUCAACGAGCUCUAGAAUCAUUCCGUCAAGGCAAAGCAUUCAGACGAGCUGUAGAAUUGGCAAGAUUUGUAUUCCCGAAAGAGGUUAUAGCACUUGAAGAGGAAUGGGGCGAUCAUUUAGCGAGUCAGCAGCAAAUGGACGCUGCAAUCAGUCACUACAUUGAAUCUGGGAAGUCGAUAAAAGCGAUCGAAGCAGCGAUACAUUCGAGACAAUGGGCUAAGGUUAUCCAGAUCGUAGAGGCGCAAGAAGAGUCGGUUGCUAGGAAAUAUUACAAAGUCAUAGCUGAUCACUAUGCUCAUGUCGGAGAACUUGCUACUGCUGAGAGGUACUACUCACGAGGGGACACGCCCGAGAGUGCAGUGGACAUGUACAUAUCCCAGAACGAGUGGGAGGCGGCUCACAAAGUGGCGAUGACUUGCAUGAAGCAGGAGGAGAUAGCAGUGCUUUACAUUACACACGCUCAGGAUAUGGAGGCAAAGGGCAGAUACAAGGAGGCUGAGAAGUUAUAUUUGACGGUAAAGGAACCUGACCUAGCUAUCAACAUGUACAAGAAACUGAGGCAGUACGACAACAUGAUACGCCUCGUCUCCAUCUACCAUCAUGAUCUACUUAACGACACUCAUCUACAUCUCGGAAAAGAACUGGAAGGCGAAGCACAGUUCAAAGCUGCAGAGAAGAACUACAUUGAGGGAAAGGACUGGAAGAGUUGUGUAAACAUGUACCGAGUAGCCGACAUGUGGGACGACGCUUUCAGAGUUGCUAAGCAACAUGGCGGGGCUAACGCCGCCAAACAGGUUGCAUAUGUAUGGAGUAAGACACUUGGUGGAGACUCCGCUAUCAGACUGCUCCUGAAACUGGGUCUCUUGGAACAGUGCAUUGACUACGCAGCUGAGUCGGGAGCGUUCCCGUACGCGUUUGAGUUGUGCAAACAUCAAAGUAUGACGGACAAGCUCCCCGACUUGAAUCUAAAACAAGCGAUGCACCUUGAAGACGAGGGUAAGUUUGCUGAAGCAGAAACCUCGUUUAUCAAGGCGAGUAGACCCAAGGAAGCCGUGCUGAUGUAUGUGCACUGCCAAGAUUGGGACUCUGCUCAAAGGAUAGCUGAAGCUCAUGACCCUGCCUCUGUUCCUGAUGUUCUGGUUGGGCAGGCCCGAGUAGCGUUUGAGAGCAAAGAGUUCGGAAAAGCAGAAACGUUCCUGCUGCGAGCAGAGCGACCUGAACUUGCUGUGAAGUUCUACAAAGACAGCGCCCAUUGGGAGGAUGCACUGAGACUGACUCAAGAAUACCUGCCUCACAAGUUACAGCUGAUACAGGAUGAAUAUGAGAGCUAUCUUGCCUCUACUAGCGGAGGAGGAGAGGACAUGUUGACUCCAGCUAAAACUUGGGAAGCGAACGGUGAUUAUUCUCGAGCUAUUGAUGCUUAUCUCAAGAUGACAGUAAUGCAGACCACCGACUAUGCUCUUUUGGAGGAGGUUUGGUACAAAGCCCUGGAACUGGCUCUGAAGUUUGUGCCAAUGAAAGCAAGUCACGUGGGUACAACAGUAGCAGAACGGCUGGCUGAGAUCUCCAGGUUCGAGAGUGCGGGCGAGGCGUAUCUGUCAAUCGAGCGGUACAAGGAGAGUAUUGACGCGUUUAUACUGGGGGACAAGUGGGACAGGGCUCGAGCAGUGGCGAGGGAGCACGCUCCACAGUUCGAACACAGGGUGGAGGAGGAGUACGUGGAGAGUUUGAAGAGAGGAGGCAAGGCCGAGGAGCUUGCCAAUGUGGAUGUAAUAGCGGGGUUAGAUCUGUUAGCGAACAGGGGACAGUGGGCAAAGUGUCUACAGACAGCAGAAAACGAGGGCAAAGAAGUUCUGAACAAGUACGUGGCUCUGUACGCAGCUCAGUUGUUACAAGACGGACAACCCAUCCAGGCACUUGGAGUCUUCACUCAAUACGGAACUUCUGAUAACACUGCAAAUUUCAACCUUUACAGGAGGUUGUGUAACGACUUGUUCCUGACAGAAUCCUUUAGUUCCCUCACAGCUUUUAAAACAUGGUCUGCUCUCAGAGACGUUCUCGCAGCUCUCGUUGAGAAGUUACCUCAAAACAAGGAGUUCUUCUCGCUGCUCCAAUGUGCUCACCUUCUCUCUGUCAGGACCAGCUCUGCUGGACACAAACAACUAUUCGAGAUUGGCGCUAAGUCUGCUGUCUCACUUCUGCGCUACACGAACUACCUGAUCCCAGACAAAGCUUUCUUCGAAGCUGGGAUUGCAUGCCGUGCUAUCGGCUGGAACAACAUGGCGUUUGUUUUCCUUAACAGGUUCCUGGACAUUUGUGAUGCGAUUGAGGACGGAAGCACUGAUAUGUUGGACCAUAGUGAUUUCAGCGAUACAGAUAUUCCUUACGAUAUCGUUCUGCCAGAGGACUACUCCAUAACUGAGGAGGACCGUGAGGAAGCUAAAGAGUGGGUGUUAGCAGUAUCCAUGGAUCAGAGAGUCCAGCAGGUCCUGAACACGGACGAGAGGGGUUGUUAUGAGGGGUCACUACUGAAUGUUCACAACAAUGUCACAUCUCCUCAGUGCAUUCUUACUGGUUAUCCCGUGCUAAGAGGAGAGGUAGUGUUCAAGAAUACCAGCAGUGUAGCUAACAAGGAUGAUUGGAAUGUGUAUGUGAUGGCUAGGAAGGUGUCACACAGUGUGGAAUGUCAGGACGUUCUCACUUAUCUGCAGACUUCUACGGGAGCUCCAGCAAAUCCCUCUUAUUCUUUCAACUAACACCUCGUAAUCCUUCAACUAACUCUUCCUCCUCCUUCAACUAAUCGUAACUUUCAUAAAUUGUCAGUAAAUUUAAUGAACGAACAAAUUUUUAGCACCUUAAAAUUGGAAUUACAAUCAAAACACGUUUCAUAAAUCAUUAUCAACAUUAUCAAAUGGAAGUCGUAUAAUCAAUGCUACAUUUAUCUCACUUAUGACAUACGUUUUAACUUUAAACUAUAUCAUGCUAGAUGGUGAAUAUGUCAGUUAUAAUGAGUAUUUAAACUCUGUUUUUGUUUAUAGCUUUUUGCUGUACAAUGUACAAAAUGAA